AUGAUAAAUACGGAAUGGACACGUUAUGAGGCAUCAGCACGCGCUUGUGCUGCAGAAAUCGAUGAAAUGAUUGAAGAGAUCCGCUCAAUGUUCACGCAAGAAGUGUCCAUUGAUGCAGGUUUCCAUCCCCGAAUGAUUGGUGUUCGUGGGAAGAAUCUCAAGAAGCUCAUGGAAGAUUACGGAGUUGAAAUCCGUUUCCCCCGUGAUGCAGCUGAUCCCAACCUCGUUAUCAUUGCCGGGAAAAGCGAAGAUGCCGUGUACGACUGCAUCGAUCAUCUGCGCGCUGAAGAGGAAGAGUAUCUAGUUGACCAUGUGGAUAGGGUAUGUUCAAAUGAUCUCGACAAUAUUAACAUUUAUAUCUCCUCGUCAAAUUCCUGAAU